AUGUAUGCCUUAGCCCUUAUCUGCUAUGUACUGUUCUUGUUACCUGGUCUUUUCCUCCCAGAAGUUUAUCUGUUUGCAGCUGGGAACUUGGCAUUUUUCCAAGGCGAGGCAACUUGCUUGGACAGUUCCUUGCUAAACUUUUGGGCCAACUCAGUCCUCCCUCACCAGAAUUCCAUUGGCUUAAUUAUUCCAAAUUUAACAUUUCCAUUAGUGGAAUAUACAGAAAAUAAAAUGGCAGAAAGAAAUAUCACUAUUGUGGAGGAAUUCAUUCUCCUAGGAUUUUCUGAUCUGCCCAACCUCCAAGGAUUUUUGUUUGGUAUUUUCUUGUUCAUAUACAUGAGUAUCCUUUUUGGUAAUGGACUCAUAAUUAUCUUAACCAAGGUUUCUCCAGCUCUACAAACCCCAAUGUACUUUUUCCUUGGAAAUUUUUCAUUUUUAGAAAUUUGUUACACUUCAGUAAUUGUCCCCAGAAUGUUAUCAGAUCUUUGGACACAAAAGAGGAAUAUUACUUUGUUGGCUUGUGCUACACAACUGUAUUUCUUUGUUAUUCUGGGGUGUACAGAGUUCUUGCUCCUAUCUGUGAUGGCCUACGACCGCUAUGUGGCCAUCUGUAGGCCUUUAUAUUAUCCCAUCAUAAUGAAUCAAAGAGUAUGUACCCAGUUGGUUACUGGUUCCUGGAUUAGUGGCAUCCCGGUCAUGCUAGGGCAGACAUAUCAGGUUUUUUCUUUGCCUUUCUGUCAUUCUAAUAAACUCAAUCAUUUUUGUUGUGAUAUUUUACCGUUAAUGAUGGUGGCCUGUGGGAACACCUCUGUUCUAGAAAUUCUCAUUUAUGGUGGAGCUGUGUUGUAUAUCAUGCUUCCUUUUAUCUUGAUAAUCAGGUCCUAUUUUAAAAUUAUUGCUACCAUUGUGAAGCUUCCAUCAGCCAUAGGGAGGUUUAAAGCAUUUUCUACUUGUUCCUCCCAUCUCACAGUUGUGAUCUUAUUUUAUGGUUCUGCAAUCAUUGGCUACUCAAGACCUAAAUCAAAAAUUUCAGGAACAGACAAAGUGCUCUCACUUUUUUAUACUAUUGUCACCCCAAUGUUUAACCCAAUCAUAUAUAGCUUGAGAAACAAGGAUGUUAUUGAUGCACUUAGGAAGUUACUACCAAAGUCAUUUGGUUCUGCUAACAAUAAAUAA